AAAGUGAAAGAGAAUUAAUUAGGGAAAAAGCCCUUUUAAAGUCCCAAGCUUUUUCCUGUUUCGAUUGUAUUCAAGCUACAAUCGAAUUAUUCCUAGCGUUGAAAGGAGUACCACAAGUAGAAGAUGCACAGAUUCCGUCUUAUACUAUCACAGAGGGCAUUCAUACUUCAAGCAUUCUUCGUCUUUUCUUGUGCAGGCAGCAGCACUACUCUAGAGGGAAAGAAAUAUACCUGUCCCGAAAAAACCGAAACAUUUGAGUGUGACGCUGCAAAAAGGGUUCCAGAAGAAUUUAACAGAGGAACAUCAUACAAGAUAAACGACCUGAAGAAUCCAAGCGAUGAAAAAGCAUCAGAAAUUUAUUGCCGCAAAGAAAGAUGUAUUGUGCAGAAAAAUAAACUGUAUGGAAGAGUUCAAGUCUUAGAGAAAAACGCCACGAGAAUGACCUUUCGGAUGCUGAACUUAGAUGAUUCUUUGCGUUUUUCAUGCGAUGUACACACCGCACCUGAAUAUCAGGUCACUGAGUUUCAUACCAAGGACUUCACAGCUGUCGAAUGCGUUCGCAGUUGCAUUGGUCACAGGGCUAACUUAUCUUGUUCGAGUUUUCAACAAUUUCUUCAAACUCCACAUGGCUUGGGAGCGUUCUUGAAAAAAGCUGAUGGAUCUAAAGAUAUCACUUUCUGCAAUGAAAAAGGGAACUGCACCUGUAUGGACGGGUGUAGAGAGUACAAGGACAGAUUGGAACCGGGAUAUAAAACAGUAAACAUGCGAACCGUCAAGAUGGAAGACGCUGAGCUAGAUUUUAUGUUCUAUUUUGAACACAACGAUCCCCGAAAACAAACGCCCGAAAAAUGUAUUUUCAAAAUCGAUCCUGUGGUUUGUCCUGGCACACCAACCGGAACUCCAGAAAAGUCUUCAGGAGAAACUGAAAGCAAAGAAAAUGCACAUAACGUCAGGCCAGGUAAACCAACCAGAAGCCCAGACGAAAUCACAAGAAGGCAUUUACAAGAAAAUGAAAGCAAAAGGACAAAACAGCCAUCUACCAUCUCGAAUAACGUCACGCCAAAAACCAUAGAAGUGAAAAGAGGGCUCUUAUUUCUGUGCUUGAUAAUGGCAACUUUUAUUUUUCCUAGAUAGCAGAUUGUUUAAGACUCAGUCGACCUUUGGACAUAUCUGAUCUAAGGUUCUGCUCAACUGAGACACAGGAUGUGGUUAACGAAUACCCACAACAUAUCAAAGGGUCCAUGAAGGAGCCUCUCCAUCAUCAGGACAACGGGGUUCUUGUGUUGAUCAAGAUGCUCUAAUAAGAUGGACCUACUGUCCUAAUGAGUAUUUCAUGUUGUUUCGUGUCACAAUCUUGUGCAGCUUCUUCGCUCACGAGCCAUUUCUGACUUGUGGCAAGCCAAGUAAAUAAAUUUUGUUGAGCAUUAUUAUUUUCUGUUCAAAGCAUGAGCCUCUCUGUAUAGAUUUUAGUAGAGUAUAUUUAGCAGUAAAGUGUUCUUGUUUAUCAAUAGUCAAGUAUUGUGAUAUAUUUCUUUACUUCAAGCGACCAACAUCAAAGUCAACGUAAUGUAACAAAACU